AUGGUUAGAUUUGGAAACGACAAGCUCAUUCUCGCCAAAAACAACUUUGUCGACAACCUUUUACGUUUUCGCAAUUCUCAAGAAAAGCUCAUGGAUUUGAAGAGAAACUCGCCGGGCUACGAGCCGUUCAUGAAACUCAACCUCUCGCUGACCAUAAUCGGAGCGAUUGUCUGGGUCCUCGGCGUCGCCUGGGUUGCUUACAUGAACAGAAAGUACAAGAUCAGGAGCAAAGAGCGGGAAGAGUUGUACCAGGAGCCGCCCGCACCUGCAAAAAAUAACAACAACGAAGCUUUUGAAAACGAGCAGGUCGGCCAGUUGGACUCGUCAAAUGAAGCCGGCCCUUCGCAUUUGUGA